UGCAGUGAUCCCCUUUUUCUCCAGGAUCCUGGACUUGAGGCUGACCUGGGGUAACCUUGGGACCCCCACCAGAGGGGACCUUAGUUCUUGGAAGCUCACUUGGGGCUCCCUCCCCUGGCUGUCUUGCCCAAGGGGACAGCCCUUUGGGGCUGGCUCCCUCCUCUUCCCUCUCCUCCAUCCUUCCCUUAGCACUUAGCCCUGUCUUCCUUAGUUGGUCCGUCUCCCUUUUUCUGCCUUCCCUGUUCUCCUGGUUUCCCCACCUAGUCUCACUCAUCCUCCUUCCGGCUUUGCCUUCCUGGCUUUGUGUUUAGGCUCUUUCUCCUAAAGUUCAAGCUCUCUACGCCUCACCUGCCCUCUGUCUAGUGUCCUUGCCAGUCACUUCUCCAUCAGUCCCUGGGCCCAGACUCUUCCUCAAGCAAGACCCUCCUGCCAUGGGCUCUAUGAAGGGUGACAUACUCAAGGAGCAAGACCCUUGUCCUCCCCAGCCCAUCCAAGAGCUUAUGAAGGGAGGCAAGCAGGAGGAGCAGGGGCUGAACCCUGAACCCUCAGCCCCCCAACAGCCCACAGAGGAGGAAGAGGCCCUGAUUGAGUUCCACCGUUCCUACCGAGAGCUCUUCCAGUUCUUCUGCAACAACACAACCAUCCAUGGUGCCAUCCGUCUGGUGUGCUCCAAGCACAACCGCAUGAAAACUGCCUUCUGGGCAGUGCUGUGGCUCUGCACCUUCGGCAUGAUGUACUGGCAGUUCGCCCUGCUGUUCGAAGAGUACUUCAGCUACCCGGUCAGCCUCAACAUCAACCUCAACUCAGACAAGCUGGUCUUCCCUGCUGUUACUGUCUGCACUCUUAAUCCCUACAGAUAUACUGAAAUUAAAGAGGAGCUGGAAGAGCUGGACCAUAUCACGGAACAGACGCUCUUCGACCUGUACAAAUACAACUACUCCAACACUCGCCUGGUGCGUGCCCGGCGGCGCGGCCCUCGCCACCUGGGUGACUCGCUGCCGCACCCCCUACAGCGCCUGCACAUCCUGUCCGCGCCCCACCGGGCCCACACCGUGCGCAGCUCCUCUUCCAGCAUGCGCGACAACAACCCCCAAGUGGACAGGAAGGACUGGAAGAUCGGCUUCCAACUGUGCAACCAAAACAAAUCAGAUUGCUUCUAUCAGACGUACUCAUCAGGGGUGGAUGCAGUGCGGGAGUGGUACCGUUUCCACUACAUCAACAUUCUGUCCAGACUGCCCGACACCUCGCCAUCCCUGGAGGAGGAAGCGCUGGGCAACUUUAUCUUUACGUGCCGCUUCAACCAGGCCCCUUGCAACCAGGCGAACUAUUCUCAAUUCCACCACCCCAUCUAUGGGAACUGCUACACUUUCAACAGCAAGAACAGCUCCAACCUCUGGAUGUCUUCCAUGCCUGGAGUCAACAAUGGUCUGUCCCUGACACUGCGCACAGAGCAGAAUGACUUCAUCCCCCUGCUGUCCACAGUGACUGGAGCCAGGGUGAUGGUGCACGGGCAGGAUGAGCCCGCCUUUAUGGAUGAUGGCGGCUUCAACCUGCGGCCUGGUGUGGAGACCUCCAUCAGCAUGAGGAAGGAAUCCCUGGACAGCCUUGGGGGCAAUUAUGGUGACUGCACAGAGAAUGGCAGUGAUGUCCCUGUCAAGAAUCUCUACCCUUCCAAGUACACCCAGCAGGUAUGUAUUCACUCCUGCUUCCAAGAAAACAUGAUCAAGAAGUGUGGUUGUGCUUACAUCUUCUACCCAAGGCCCAAGGGCGUGGAGUUCUGUGACUACAGGAAGCACAGCUCCUGGGGCUACUGCUACUAUAAGCUGCAGGGUGCCUUCUCCUUGGACAGCCUGGGCUGUUUCUCCAAGUGUCGGAAGCCAUGCAGUGUGACCAACUACAAGCUCUCUGCUGGUUAUUCAAGAUGGCCUUCUGUAAAGUCCCAGGACUGGAUCUUCCAGAUGCUGUUCUUGCAGAACAAUUACACGAUCAACAACAAAAGAAAUGGAAUUGCCAAACUCAACAUCUUCUUCAAGGAACUGAACUAUAAAACGAAUUCCGAGUCUCCCUCUGUCACGAUGGUCAGCCUCCUGUCCAACCUGGGCAGCCAGUGGAGCCUGUGGUUUGGUUCUUCUGUGCUGUCUGUGGUGGAGAUGGCGGAACUCAUCUUUGACCUCUCGGUCAUCACAUUGCUUAUGCUGCUGCGCAGGUUCCGAAGCCGAUACUGGUCUCCAGGACGAGGCGCCAGGGGUGCAAGGGAGGUGGCCUCCACCCCAGCAUCCUCCUUUCCCUCCCGCUUCUGUCCCCACCCCACGUCCCCAACCUCUUCCUUACCUCAACCAGGCACAACUCCUCCCCUGGUCCUGACAGCCCCUCCACCUGCCUAUGCCACCCUAGGCUCCUGUCCCCCUCCACUGGACUCUGUAGGGCCCAGCUCUUCUUCCUGUGCUCUGGGGGAACACUGAGAGAGAAGAAAUGUUCUCCUUUCAACCAGGCCAUUGCUGCCCUGGUAGACUGAAGGAUGUCUCAUCUUGGGCACCUCCCAGAAAUGCCCAGCCAUCUUUCCUGUGUGGGAGGGAACUGGGUAAGGGGCCUGGGAAGUUGCCCAGGGAACAGUGGCUUAAUGAGCUUCGCAGAGCCGCUGCAGUCUUACUUUUGAACACUGUUUUCUACACAAGCACAGACAAGUCUCCUUUUCCCUUGGAUCAGCCAAGCUAAACUUGGAGCUUUGACAAGGAACUUUCCUGGGAAACGACUGAUGAACCAACACAAACAAGGCAUAGAAAGGCAGACACAGGUUUCCUACCCCAUGACCAGAGACUGGCCUGGCCACAUCGCCUUCAAUGACACAGAUGUCUGCUCCUCUUCUUGAACUUGGGGGGGAACCCCACCCAAAAGCCCCCUUUUGUUAAUUCUUGGCAAUUCCCCCUCCCUGACUCCCCAGGGUGGGGGCCGGAGCAGACCAGUGUAGUAAAGGUUUGGCCAUUCCCCAUCAUUCCUAAGACAUUUCUGGACUGAUACUCCAAAUCCCAGUGCCUCUGCCCUGUGUCCUUUGUACCUCUUAUGUCUGCUUAGCUGUUUCUCAGCCCAGGAGCUUCCCUUACCAUCUCCCAGAGAACUUCUGUGCAUCCUCUCGAACUCUGCUCAAAGGCACCAUUAUUUCUGUUAACACUUCUGUUCCAUCCUGUCUUCCCCAGAAUUGAUCCCUCUCUCCUGGUUCCCACAGCACACUGUAACAUCUACUGUUGUGUCAUUGUUGUGUUAUCUCUUUGUGUUCUUUUGUGUCUGCGUCCCUGACUAGAGAGAGCUCCUUUGGUCAGAGACUGAGUUUUGCUUAUAAGCAUACUCCAAGUCUAGCCCAGUGUGCUACUUUGAGCAGGGAGGCAGGUAUUCAAUAAAAGCUUGUUACAUAAA